AUGGAGCCCUACUGGAGCGGAUUCACCAGCCCGAUUGCAUUUCCCGUUUACACUGGAGCAAAAGGUGUCUCGACUGGAACGCAAUAUCCGGCUGGAUACUCGACGCCAUCAUCGACGACUUCUGAUUCUGAUUCUGGCUCCGGCUCUAGUGCAGACUCUAACUCUAACUCCGCGUCCUAUAUCAUGGCACACAGCUCGGGGACAGCUGUUUCGAAUAUAUCCCAGCAUCGUGGAAACUCUACGCCCGUUGGCUCUAUUGUCGGCGGUGUUAUCGGUGGUCUGGUAUUCAUCAGUUUGAGCGUGGGAGUCAGUGUCUAUUUCGCUGAUUCGUCGGAGAGAAAAGAGAGCAGGUCAGGGGCAGGGAUAACCUCAACCUCAACAACCGCGUGGAUUCCCACCUGGUCCUCAAGCGUAUCCAUCUCCGUAUCAGUAUCCGCCAAACCAGCCUACGGCUCCGUUUGGUCCUGCGAAAAUCGGAGUUCCGCAAAGUCCUCCGCCUCAACAACCCUUGCGGUAUGA